CCUUCUCGCUGUGUACACGCAACGACAUCAUCGCACUCUCUGUCCGCGAUCACGGGGACGAGAAGUUUGACCCCGUUAAGUCGGUUUCGCGUCUCUGACACCUGUUGACUGUACAGUUGUAAUUCGCGACCGCGGCGUGUACCAUAUUCGGUAGGCAUAAUUACAUCCACUCAUUACGCGUAUGCAUUUGUAUUCUACAUAGAGCAUAUGUGGCGGUAUAAAUGAAAACGUCGGUUCAUCGCUGAAUAAUUGUCAACAAAACAAAUUGUACAACAAUAUCAUAGUAUUUUCGCGACGAGGAUGACGACCGUAUCGGCGGCAUGUGCGUAGUACCGGAUCGAGUGUAUUAUUGGCAAUCGCGGUGCCGCGUAAAUUAUUUUUCCACAACCACUCGCACGCCGCGAUAAUUGAUUGAUAAUAAUAUAUAAUAAUUGAAUUCGAAUUUUGUACAUCAUCCCUGGCGAUCACGUACCAUACGACAUCAGUUCGUAACGAAAAACGAGUCGAUUCGCAGCUCCGUCAUCAAACAUACGAAUAAGGUUUUCCACGCCACUAAAAUAUUACAAUCUAAUACCUAAGAUACGCGUCGUCGGUCCGGCCCAGUGCGAUUCGGUGCGGAAUAGUCGAAAACGCGAAAGGGUCUCGUGGUGGGCUCAUCAAUUUUCGGUCACCUCAACCUCGGUGCAUAAUAUUGUUAUUGUACACAUUAGCCGAGUAUAAGCAGCAACGGGCCGCAAUGCCUCGAGACGGGGCCAAAGGCAAACAUCAAUUUAAACGGCGGUUCAGCCUACAGCCGUCGUCGUUCUUCCGCGAUGAUUCACUGUCGUCAAGCCACUCGAUCGCUAGCGGCAGCGUUGAGGGCGGUCACCACCAUCACGACCAGCUGCAACCACCGUCGUCGUCGUCCGACCCGGCUGACGUGACGCGGCACAAGAUCGUGGUGAUGGGCGCGGCGCGGGUGGGAAAGUCGUCGCUGAUCACGCAGUUCCUGUACCGGAAGUUCUCGUCCAAGUAUAAGCGGACCGUGGAGGAGAUGCACCACGGCCAGUUCACGGUGGACGGAGUGAAAAUCGACCUGGACAUACUGGACACUUCCGGUGCGUACGAGUUUCCGGCCAUGCGCGCCCUGUCCAUAUCGUCAGCGGACGCUUUCGUGCUGGUCUACUCCGUCACCGAUCCCGAUUCGUUCCAGCAGGCGGCCGCCAUCAGGGACCAGAUCAUCGAGACCAAGCACACGGCUGACGUGCCGAUCGUGGUGGUCGGCAACAAGCUCGACUUGGCCAAUUCCGACCGAAAGGUGCCGUACGAGGAGACGUCGUGCCUGGUGGAAGUGGACUGGGAAAACGGUUUCGUGGAGACGUCCGCAAAGGACAACAUAAACGUGGGCGAAGUGUUCAAGGAAUUAUUGAACCAGGCGAAGAUCAAGUACGACCUGGGCCCGUCGUUGCGGCGGAACUCGGCGCGAAGACAGUCGUUGCCGUCCGGCGGCGGUUCGGGCCAGGGGUCGAUGGUGCCCACGCCGGCGCAACUUGCGCACCUCCAGAAAAAGGCGAGCGGCAAAGACGACAGCGGUGGCGGCGGUGGAGGUGGAGGUGGUGGCGGGAGAUCGAAGCGCAACUCGUGUUCGAUAUCAUAAGAAACGAAAAUAUUGAAAAAUAAAAACACAACAUCAAACGAAAAACAAUAAUAACUACCACUAUCUACUACUGUUGUACAGGGUGUGUGUAGGAAUGUCAUAAUAAUUAUAUUCGCAUAUUAUGCCUAACUACGACUGCAUUGUACAAUAGGUAUACUCAAAUACCACCGUUAAAUACAUAAUUAUAUAUC